CACACACAUAAAGCACCGUUGCUCGCAGGUCGUUUCUUACUGCAGGGCUUGCAGUGUCCAGAAAUACAAAUUAAUUUGCUUCAAAAUUUAAGAGGAAAUUAAGAAUCAAAGAUCUACGAUACACACGGGACAUCUGCUCUGCAUCUACUGCAUAUCUCUUUUACUUCUGUUGUGGUCUACUCUGCAUCAGCGGCCAUGGUCCUGGAGGAGAACGAGUGUGACUCUGUCUUUGAGCCCCAAAUCACUGAGGAACACGUAGAGACUCAGUAUGGGAAUGUCCACUGCAUCAUGACAGGAACUCCACGGGCACACCGGCCUGUCAUCCUGACAUUUCAUGAUGUUGGACUGAACCACAAGUCCUGUUUUGAGACACUGUUCAACCAUGAGGACAUGCAGGAAAUCAUCAGACAUUUGCCUGUUUGUCACGUUGAAGCACCAGGACAACAUGAGGGAGCCAAAACUCUGCCUACUGCGUAUACCUACCCUUCCAUGGACCAGCUGUCUGAAGCACUGCCCGCUGUCCUCAAACACUUUGGGUUGCGUACUGUGAUUGGACUGGGAGUUGGAGCAGGAGCCUACAUCCUGGCUAGAUUCGCCCUGAAUCACCCUGAUCUGGUGGACGGAUUGGUUUUGAUCAACAUCAACCCCAGCGCUGAAGGACUAAUGGAUAGUGUUGCAAACAAGAUCACUGAAUGGACCCACACUCUGCCGGACACAGUCAUCACACACUUGUUUGGAAAGGAGGAGAUCCAGACCAACCAUGACCUCAUAGCUACGUACCGUCACCACAUCACAACAACGAUGAAUCAGUCCAAUGUGAGUCAAUUCUUCCGUUCCUACAACAACCGCAACGUUCUGGAGGUGGAGAGGCCUGUUCCUGGAGGAACCAUCAAUGUCAGGACCCUCAAGUGCUCCACUCUGCUGGUUGUAGGAGAUAAUUCUCCAGCUGUGGAGGCCGUGGUCGACUGCAACUCUAAACUCAACCCCACAAAGACCACACUGCUCAAGAUGGCAGAUUGUGGAGGACUUCCUCAGGUGGAUCAGCCAGCCAAAGUGAUUGAAGCCCUCAAAUAUUUUAUCCAGGGCAUGGGAUACUUAUCCAGUUCCAGCAUGACCAGACUGCGGUCACGGACGACCUCCAGCUCCAGCAUCUCGUCCCUCGAUGGCUCUCGGAGCCGCGCACACACCAACGAGUUGCAGCGUGGCCGAACACACUCGCGCGGCACAGAGGAGAAGCGUGGGCGCUCGCACACUGAUGUCUCCAUGGAGAGUAUUUCCAACAGUAAUAUGGACCAGAUCAUCUCAAAGUCCACUCAAGUGGCAUGCUAGAGUGCACUCUGCCCUAGUCCCAUGCACUUAAAUCAAAUCAUACCUCAUUAUAUCCACACAGACAGCUUCCCUCCUUUUUAACUUCAUCUUUCCAUCUCCACCAUUCAUCAGUCUGUCAUGCCCUUUCAUCUGCACUAUCUCUAGCUGAAACAGGUCAUACCUCCAUGUGACUCCAUCCUUCCGUAUCCUCUCUAACUCUCCCUAUUCCUUCAUCAAUUCAACCGUCCUUUCCUGCGUCUCUUCCUUGGCAUUCUUCCUGGUCUCUCCAUCUAACUGCUCUUCGUCUCCUCCUCAUCUCUGUAUCCUGCCCUGAACUGUUACUGUAUGUCUCUACCUCUGUGUCCUUCUUUACUAUGUGUUUUUUUCUCUCCCUGUCCCCGUUCAUAUCGUUCCUUUCUUCUCCCUUUCUCCCCUCUGACACUGAUCUUCUCUUAUAUUUAUCAUGAUAUACACUACACGAGUCCAUAAGCGCUCAUGUAUUUAUGUAAAACUCAGGUGUGUACUCAUGUAUAAUUGUACAAUGUAUUGAUGUAUAGUUAAGAUGUAAAGAUACAGUAUUUCCUAGUGCAAAAAGUGAAUGUUCAUAACUGUAGGAAUGUGUAUUGAUCAUAUGCAACUGUGACAGCUGCGUGUUAUUAAUUGCAGAAAUGUGUUAUGGACAUACAUUUUAGAUCACAAAAUGAUUUAAACUUGCUUUGGGAAUUCUAUGUAAAAUAAAGUCAUAUUAUUAUUGUAAAGACAUGUUACAUUCAGUUCAAUCAUUAAAACAGAUGACUUCAUGUAA